ACCACCACCACCGCUAUAUGCCAUUGUACCCACCUUCGGCUCAUCUCGCAACGUCGCCAAGGCUAUGUCCAUACUUGAUGCUGAUCGGCUCGCGCUCCAGCAGCACGUUGGACUCGGCUGACGAAGCUCUGCUCUCGUACUCAACAAGCACAAGCGUUGGUCACCACCGGCUGGCGCCAGCAGUUCUUGACGUGGCGUGGCCGACGCUGGCUCUACUUGCUUGACCGCAGACGUGUCUGGGGUCUCAGGCACUUGGCCACGAUGUGGUGGGGGAGGGGGGGACGGUGGACGAUCUGGUGCAGGCGGGAGCUUGUGGUGACUUUUGACGCUGCACGAGUCAUGGCCAAGAUGUACGGCAGAGACUCACUGGGAGAGGAGGAAUGCGCAGCAAGGGGAUACUCUGCGAGGGGUGGACAGAUCGCCAAGUAUGGGAUCGCCUGCCAAGGCGAAUGGUGCAGACAAGGCAGGAGGCGGCGAGGCAGGAAGCCAGUCCGAGUCAACGUCCGCGCUCUCUGCGACACUCGGGCUCGGGGGCGAGGGCCAAGAGAGCGGCGAGACGGAGGCACGGUAUGUGGUAGACGCAUCGAUCAAGGAGCUGUACACCAUCGAGCGGCUACUGUCUGAGGGCUCAUACGGAAUCGUAUGGAAGGGGGUGCGGAAGGAGACCGGCGAAGUAGUGGCCAUCAAGAAGGUGUUUGAGGCAUUCUACUCGUCGACCGAUGCGCAGCGGACCUACCGUGAGGUCAUGUUCCUGACACAGCUUCGGCGACACACCAACAUUAUCAAGCUCCACGGGGUUCACCCUGCGGUUAACAACCGCGACCUGUAUCUUGUGUUUGAGUACAUGGAGUCCGAUCUGCACUCGGUCAUCCGUGCUCAGAUCCUGCAGAAUGUCCACAAGCAGUACAUUGUGUACCAGACGCUGCGGGCGCUCAAGUAUAUCCACUCCGGCAAGCUCUUGCACCGUGACCUCAAGCCAUGCAACUUGCUCGUCUCGUCGACAUGCGAGCUGAAGGUCUGCGACUUUGGGCUCUCGCGGUCGCUGGCGACAACUUCCGAGGACCUGCCGACGUCGGCCGAUCUGACGGUGUACGUGGCGACCCGGUGGUACCGUGCGCCUGAGAUCCUGCUCGGGUGCCCCAAGUACACAGUGGGCAUCGACCUCUGGUCGCUGGGGUGCAUCAUUGGCGAGCUCCUUGUGGGCAAGCCCCUGUUCCCCGGCUCAUCAACGCUCAAUCAGCUCGAGCGGAUUUUCAAUCUCAUUGGGCGGCCAUCCGACGAAGAUCUCGCGUCGAUUGAGUCGCCCUUUGCCGCUGCCAUGAUGCAGCGCAUCACCGCCGAGAAGACCGUCUCGUUUGCCGAGCAGUUCCCGUCGGCCUCGCUCGAGGGCGUCGACCUCAUGCUCCGACUGCUGCAGUUUAACCCGGCGAAGCGAAUCUCAGUCCGUGACGCCCUCCGUCACCCCUUUGUCCGCAUGUUCCACAACUCGGCUACUGAGCCAGUUCUCAAGCACCCGAUCCGCAUCCCGGUCAACGACGAUGUCAAGCACUCUAAGGACUUUUACCGCUCGGCGCUGUACCAGGGCAUGGAACAGCUCUCAGCGUUUGUCGCCGGCGACGCGGACACCGGAGACGCCGCGGUCGGCAGUCGACCCGGCGACUCGUUGUCGUCAACCUCGGUCCAGCCGUCGGGAUCAUCCAGCUCGGUCCAGUCGUCGUCCGAGGCCGGCUCGUCGAGCUCAUCGUCGCGAUGCGUCGCUGCUCGGCGUGUCUCGGACGCCGGCAUCGUCUCGGUUCCCUCGUCGUCGCUCACUCCGCCACGACAUGGCCUCCGCGCUCCGGUCUCGACUCCAACCGGAGAUCCCGGCGAAGACGUCCGCGUCCUCGACGCCACAUCGUCCUCGCCCGAGUCAUGUCCUCGGUCCAAAUCCAAGUCCAAGUACAAGGCCAAAGCUAAGACCAAAGCCAAGGCCAAGGGCAAAGGCAAGGCCGGAAAGGCAAAGGCAAAGGCGAAGGCCAAGGCCGACGCCGAUAGUGAUGGUGAAGCCAAGACAGGCCGACAGCAACGGGCCUCCACCGAGCACAGCGGGACGCUCGAGCGCAAGCGGAGCAAGAGCAAAGCUAAGGCAAAGGCAAGGGCAAAGGCAAAGGCAAAGGCCAAGACCAAGACCAAGACCAAGACCAAGGCUAAGAGCAAAGCCAAGGACAAGGAGCAGGCACUGCCCGACGCCGCGCCAGCUUUGGGGUCGGCCGAAUCGUCAGGCAGCUCAUUCGGCUCGGGCUUUUGACGGAGGGAAUAAUGAGGCGUUUACUCGUAAAGUACGUCGUAGUG